CCCCACUACACCCAGUCGAAGUGGAAAGAUUAGAAAUUAGUCAGAGCCGUCGUAUUCGGUAUUCAUGGUUACAACAGCACUAUAUAAUUGUUAAUUAUUGUAUUAUAGCAUAUUAUAUUCUAAUAAUAAAAAUAUUAGUCGUAAUAAUGAUCUUACUUGAGAUCAACAAUAGGAUAAUAGAGGAAACGUUAAAUAACAAAAUAAAGAAUGCCUUGGCUGGGCAUAAACCGGAAUCGAUAGAUGUCAAAAUAGCUGACUUUGAUGGAGUUUUGUUCCACAUUUCCAAUGUUGGAGGCGACAAAACCAAAAUUAGAAUUAGUAUCUCGCUCAAGUUUUACAUGCAGUUGCAAGAACAUGGUGCUGACGAAUUGCUCAAACGCGAGUAUGGCCCUUUACUUACUACCGAAGAGGAUGGAUACAAUGUGUCGUUGCUGAUAGAUUUAGAGAACUUGCCCGAGGAUUGGGAAGCGUUGGUCAAAAAUGUUGGCCUGCUGAAAAGGCACUGUUUUGCAAGUGUAUUUGAAAAAUAUUUUGACUUCCAAGAAGCAGGCGAGGAAGGCCAUAAAAGAGCAGUAAUACAAUAUCGAGAUCAGGAAACACUGUACGUAGAGGCCAAAAGUGACAGAGUAACCGUGGUAUUUAGUACAGUGUUCAAAGAUGAAGAUGACAUAGUUAUCGGCAAAGUGUUUCUACAAGAACUCAAGGAAGGGAGACGGGCGAGUCACACCGCGCCACAAGUCCUCUUCAGUCAUCGGGAGCCACCAUUGGAGCUUCAAGAUUCUGACGCGGCGGUCGGCGAUAAUGUGGGUUACAUUACUUUUGUGCUGUUCCCGCGACACACGAAUCGGGAGGCCCGUGACAACACCAUCGACCUGAUUCACAUGUUCAGAGAUUACCUGCAUUACCACAUCAAAUGCAGCAAGGCGUACAUACACUCAAGAAUGCGUGCCAAGACCUCAGAUUUCCUCAAAGUACUAAACCGCGCGAGACCCGAGCCUAAAAACAUCGAAAAGAAAACCAUAACAGGUCGAACGUUCAUUAGGAAGGAAUGAGCCUACGAGUCAAUCGAUAAUGUUAAUACUAAUUAAAACAGAGAUGAACGAGGGACGUUCAAUUACCUUGUGUCGUCAUCUAAGGUCCACGAAUACAAAAA